CUUUUCUUUGUUUCAGUUCCACUUAGUCAUAGUCUUAGUCAUUUACGUAGACAUAGCAUUAAAGUCCACUGGUUCCUUAGUCACAUUAGCCUUAGUCUAGUCAAAUAAGUACAAGAUGGCAGAAGCAGCGCCGCAAGCAGCUGCUUUAGCAGCAAUGCAGGUGAUGGGCGAAAAUAUGUUGAGGCAGGCAGCAGUCCACGAAAGUGAAGGGCUGGGCAUUGCGACAGGCGCGCAAAUCGCGUCGGUAGUGAAUGCUUGCGAGAACAUCCGACACAAAUGCACUUCGCAGCAGUAUCCGCCUGUCUUACGGCAACGAGCGUCGAGGACGUAUGAGAAGCUGACCCACUCCCCUCAGGCUCUGAACUUGCAUCCGAUGGCGCUGGCCGCUGCGUUGGGAUGUGCUGACAUCCUGAAGGAUAGGCAUGCGAGUGCAAUCAUGGGCGCGGUGUCCAGGGCGAUCACUGGGUCGCUUGAUCUGAAGGCAGACGGGAUGAAAGCUGGCGUCAGUAGUGUCUGCGAGAUCUUCAUGAGUACACUGCGGAGCAAUUUGCAGGGUCUGGCCUUGGUUGAAGCGGGAGCUGAUCUUCACUCAGCAAAGGCAACUCCGGGCGACAAUAGCGACGAACUUUCUCCCGGAUUUUGUGCAGCAGAUGCAGGGCGAAAGACGUAGAUCAGCUACGGAAAAAGCCACCAGCAAAGCUGUAGAGCGAGCAGCACGCGAGAAGAUGAAGGAAGUUCGUGACGGGAUGAGCAUGAGGCCCAAACAAAUGGAAGCUCGCACUGCCAUGAUUAGAGGAAAAAAGAUGAUCCCCCAAACGACCAAAAGCUAGCCUGUUCUCAACCAAGUGUAAAAAAGACUAAGAAAAAAGGAUCGAAAAAAUGAAUCAACUCAAGUAAAGAGAUUGAUCUGGCCUCUUUUCAGAAGAUAGAAGAUUAAGCUCCCCUAUAAGAUUGGGGCUGAUGCACA